UCAGCGCUCAGGGUUGAUUGACAACAAAGGGUACCAUACAACCACACGUUUAUAGUUUACUGGCCAAUCCCAAGUGUCUAUGGGAUCCAGAGGGAGGGCUUAUGUCCUAUCACAGAGAGAGGAGGCCAAGCUGUGGCUGAAAAGCGGAAAGAAAAUGGCGGCCGUGGCUGCGGAGCCAGGAGCCUCUGCGGCAUUAACCACAACAGCGGGGGACGGAGCAGAGCUGGAGCCGGAGAUAGAGCAGCCAGUCGCGGCGGAGGCCAAACUCGAGGCCGAGGCUACAAAGGAGUUCUCUCCAGUGAUGGACCUUGUGCACCUACCCAAGAAUGGAGAAGCACCUCAGGGAUGCGAUCUUGUGCACGCCGAAUCACGGCGCACACCCGGCCCAGACACGGCGGGAAAUGCGUUGUUUGAUUUCGGCGAAAGCGAACACAUCCUCGCGGCUAACCGCAGGGGAAGUGAGCCGACCGACCACGAGUCGGAGACCGGGGCUCCGCGAGACCUCGGGUACGCGGCGGGCAACACGAACACAGCAAUGCCUCCUACUGUGGAUGCUGCAAACGAGGUCCACUCUUGCGUCGUUGCUGCCUGUCUUGGACCCGCUUUUAGCUCCGAGUCAGCGGCAGGAGCUUCCCACAUUUGGGAAUCUGUUCCGAAUAAUAUGCUGACGGAGACGGAACUUGCAGCCCCCUUACCCGCUUUAGCAGGGCUGGCGGUACCCGCUGCGGAGUAUACCCUUCCCACGGAACCGGACCUGGUUCAACCGACCAGGUUGCAGUGCGAGAGCCCAGCGAUAAUAAAAGCAUCAGCUGAAACUGGACAGGCACUUGAAUCGGGCGAUGCUGCUCCCCUUUGUGGAACUUCUCUGCCUGAGCCCGCGGAGGACGUGGUUCCGAAAUGUCCCGGGACCAUUCAGCACAGUGCGGUUGUCCCUGUUGUAGAAGACCACCAUUUUUUAAGAAACGAGGAGGACGAAAUUAUAAGCGUGGACUUUACAGAACUUCCCACGACAGCAGACCGCGUGCCGACUACUUCGGAACCGGAGGGUUUGCUCGCACGAGAUGGGAUGUACAGCAACACCGACGGAACCGAAUCCGAACUGAAACCCGCUGUGACAGGUGUAGAUGAUGCCGGACUGUGCCCCGAAUCAAUCGCCCAACUCAUCCCCGGAUCGGAGGUUCGAGUCGCACUAGAUCACAUAAUCGAUGAUGCGCUCGUGGUCUCGUUUCGGCUUGGCGAGAGGAUCUUUUCCGGGGUUCUGAUGGACCUCUCUAAAAGGUUUGGACCCUAUGGGAUUCCCGUCACUGUUUACCCCAAGCGAGAGUCCCGGGACAAGCCCGAAUCUAUGCAGCCGAAGACGGAGUCGCUCCCCAGCGAGCCGGAGAGGGAGGGGUCGCGGGACGUCUCCGAGGCCUCUGCCAACGAGCCCCCCCAGGCCCCCGCAGCUUCCGGCCCGGCCCCCAACCAGCGGACCUCAAAGCCCCCUCCUCUGUUUCAGGAAGGCGCCCCGUACCCGCCGCCGUUGUUUAUCAGGGACACAUACAGCCAGUCGAUACCUCAGCCGCCGCCCCGCAGGAUCAAGCGGCCCAAGCGCAAGCUGUACCGGGAGGAGCCCACGUCCAUCAUGAGCGCCAUCCGGCUGCGGCCGCGCCAGGUGCUCUGCGACAAGUGCAAGGGCGCCGUGGCGACGGGCGACAAGCGGGAGCUGCGCAAGGGGCCCGCGCCCGAUUGCCGCGGCGACGAGGCCAAGCGGCGGCGCGGCGAGAGCGCGGCGGCCGUCGCCAAGCGACCCCGCGCAGAGGAGAGGGGCCGAGCCGCCGGCGACGGGUCCCGGAGGCCGACGCCAUUGGUCAGGGUGGCCACGUUGGGCCAGGCGAAGGGCGGGGGCGUCGGCAACAGCGCGGUCAGAGCGGCGACGGCGGUCAGAGUCCCGCCGCACGCCAAAAAGGUGCUGCAGAGUAAAAACGUGGACCAUGCCGAAACGGGCGAGCCCGUGAAGAGGAGAGCGCGGGACCGGGAGCGGCGCGGCGACAAGGGCGGCAAGGUCGGCGGCAGGGCUCCCUCCACCCGGGCCUCCUGCCCCAGGGAUGCCCACCAGAAGGUCCACUUCACCCGCCGACGGCACCAGCUCAGCGGGGGCGGGAGAGCCCACGCCAACCCUCUCCCGCCCAGGAUCCGCAUCAAGCCCCAGCGGUACCGCAACGAGGAGAACGACGACUCCUCCUGCAAGCCGCUGCCGGGCUUCGACAAAGCGCCAGGGAGCGGAAGCCGGAGUCCGCCCAAGCUGGCCCCGCCCAGCUGUACCUCCACGCGUUCCUUCUCCUCCUCCUCCUCCUCUUCCUUUUCAGGUGAGCCCACUGCUGCCACGGAAAACCAGGGCUCCACCCAAGAGUUCGGACCCCAAAACGAGCUCGGACUCCAGCCCCAGCCCCGCUCCCAGCCUCACCCUAAUAUGGAGGCUGCCCCUCAACCCCUGCCAGAUAGGGAGCAGAGGGCGGUGGGGGAGGAGCCUGAGGUGCCAGGUGGUCGAGACGAGUCGCAGGAGAAGCCUGGGGCCAAAGCCGCCAACAUCACAGUUUACAUGACCCUCAACCCCAGUAAGCUGGACUCUUCCAACGUCUCUGUGUGUAGCGUGGACAGCACAGACGACCUUAAGUCCUCCAACUCUGAGUGCAGCUCCACUGAGACCUUUGACUUCCCCCCUCCUGGGGCACUACACUCCCCCCCUGCCCCCAGCACGUCCUCGGUAGUCACCACUUCCUCUACCUCUUGUUCUGCCUCCUCCUCCUCCUCCUCUUCUUCCUCCUGCUCCUCCUCCUUGUCCUCCUCUUCCUCGUCCGCUCCCAAGGAGGAAAAGAAGCCUAGUAAAUCUCUGAAAGCUGCAGUCUUUUCCAAAAACGUCUCCAAGUGCGUCACCACAGACGGCAGGACCAUAUGCGUGGGGGACAUCGUCUGGGCCAAAAUCUACGGCUUCCCCUGGUGGCCGGCCCGCAUCCUGCUCAUCACCGUGAGCCGCAAGGAUAACGGGCUCCUGGUCAGGCAGGAGGCGCGGAUCUCCUGGUUCGGCUCGCCCACCACCUCCUUCCUGGCCCUCUCGCAGGUCACGCCCUUCCUGGAGAAUUUUCAGCUGCGCUUCGACAAGAAGAGGAAGGGCCUGUACCGCAAGGCCAUCACAGAGGCCGCCAAAGCCGCCAAGCAGCUCACCCCGGAGGUGCGAGCCCUGCUCACGCAGUUCGAGACGUGAACGGCAGGGACCGAUGGGUUAGGAUAAAGAGGUGCGCCCUGCCCCCGCCCUUCAACCAACCAACCAACCAACCAAUACAACCCAACCAAGGAACCUAACUGUCCUAUCCAACCAGGUCAGCCUAAACCAGCACCUCCCGAGAAUCCCAAAGGAACAAACCGCCGGCCUGCUGAACUGAACCUUCGACGGCCCGUGGAGGAAGCGAAAGAGGAGGUCGGUGGGGUGAAGGGCGUCAGUGUGACAGGGGCUCUGAUGAAUCGUGAGGGGAACGCCACGGGGGGGGUUAAGGGAGCGACGUGGAUGGAGAUGGUAUUGACAUAAGUGUUCCCAAAAGUGUUCUCAGUAUCUCACACCCACUUGGGUUUGAUCGAUGUCCUCUCAUACUUGACGAGUCUUGACGUUAAUGGAGACGGGAGGGGCUCUGACAAAGCCAGGCUCAGCACCGUCAGUCCACUCACUGGGUAGAGAUCUUCCAUCCAUUCCUCCCUGGGUCUGCGGCAGGGCAAGUGAAGGUGUGCUGUCUCCUGUCCUUUCGCUGGCCCUGUGCGCUCGUUGACCCUGAAACGGCUUCCGCUCUUCCUCAGAAUGGCAGUGCUCUGGAACAGGCUCUGUUUAACCUUUUGAAGAGUAGGCCUUUUGGAAUGCCCCCCCCCCCCCCCCCCCUCCUCCAAAGUUCUACGUCAGUGUUCUGGAACUCCAUUGCUUUCACCUACCAGUAGUGAUUGUGACAUCAGCUUUAGAACGUUCAGUUUAGAACAUUUUAAUCGCACAUUAGUGAUCUUUCACCUUUAAGGGUUAAGCUGGUCUCAGACAAGCCGUUAAGCGGGUGGAGGGCACACCAGAGUGUUUGUUAAUUUCCAGGGAGGAAGGGGCUAGUCGAAUUCGGGGUCACGUGGUACUGUACAUGUGGUGCACCUGGGAGAGGUCUGGUUGCUACAUGAGGGAGUUCUUUCCCGUCGAAAGGGACAGUGGUCCCUUUCGCCCAGUGUACUGUUUCCGUGGUAACCUGAUGAGGGCAAAGCCAGGUGGUGUUUGGCCUGCAUGUUUUCCAUAAUCUUUGUAAGACGGUGCAACUACUUUUAUUAUGUUAAUCCCCCGGAUUAAGGGAAGCGACUGGGUUACAGUAUCAGGAUAGCUGCAACCUUACCCAAAAUGUUGGCAGUUGACAGUGGCAUGUAUUUCUCAGAUUUAAACCGCGGUAAAGCUGCGCGCUGUUACUCCAGUUAAAGACGAUGGGCUCCUUUUUCCGAGCGCAGAAUGGAGUGGCCUUUUCUGCGGGUUUUAAUGGGAUGUGUUGUGGGAGGGGCAGAGUGGAAGCACUGCGUGUACCUGCGGCUUACUGGUCCUUCACGCCUGCGUGCCACUGUCUCGGUUCGGUUUCCUCUCACCUUUGCUUUAGUCCCAGGUGGCGAGGGCGAAAAGGCAAGAUGCACGGAGAGGAUGGUGCCCCGCCCUGCUCUGCCUCGCGCCCUUACCCUGCCCCACCCUUGUACCCCCCUUAAUUGUUGACUUGCGAGUGUCCUGGAGUCUGGAUCUGUGUUCUCUUGGUCGGCCCAGGCGACACACACGGCUCUUUGUGUCCUGGGUGAAACGGUGUCGGGAUAGGACAGCUUGCCCUCCGCACGUUGUAUAAUGGAGUCGGUAACGGCAGCUGUUGGGUAACUCCCCCCCCCCCCCCCCCCCCCCCCCCCCACAGUCUAGCAUGGUUUGAUCCUCACCUCCUGAAGAGGUCAGAGCUGAUGUGAUGGAGUCAGAUGCGCUCAAACAUACCCCCCCCCCCCCCCAGAAUUUUUAGGACUGAAGGAUUUUUUUGUUUUGUUGUUUGACAUUCUGGAUUUGCGUUGUCAACACUUGUUACCUUUCUCAAAACGCCAUCUCCGUUUCCCUCCAGAUGGGUGGGUGGGGCUUUGGGUGUGACUGGUUAUUUGGACUGAGGCUGAGAUGGACAAGGAGGAGUGACGGAGUCGGGGGGGUGUGUGGGUACCUGGGUGUAUCAUAUCCCGUCUGCCCUUGAGGACAGGACUAUGUGAGGCUAAGCAGGUAGCGUGGGAGCCCUGCGUGUUUGGGUAGGUUUGGGUAGGAGGAGGACUGGGCUGGCCAGGAGAGGCGUCCGCUCAUUGGUCGUGAGGCCUUACACGGAUGGAAGACCGUGGCUGCUGGGUAAUGUGAUCCAAGGGCUGUCUGGUGGAUGAGUCUAUGUGCUGGCCGUUAAGUGUCUGUUAGCAGUGAAAUUGGAUUAGCUGAGUGAGAGUCAGAGAGAAAAAAAAUGGUGGGAGGGAGGAAGGCAGGCAGGGAGCGAGGGAGAGGUGAACUGCGAGUUCCAGCAUUGGCAAGAACGGUUUGCCUCUCCUUGCCUCAGCCAAGCACGGGGAAGGGACUGCGCGUGUCGAUGGCAAAGAGCGUUUAUUGUGCUGUGUAGUUGUUGCUGUAGUCUGGUGUAGUGAUGAGUGUGGAGGCUCGAGGUGAAAGAAGGCCUUGAUUUUGGGCGUGUCACCCACACAGCUGCCGUGUGCUUCUCUUUCAUUUCCGAGGGUAGGCCAACUCGUACCCCCCCGACCCCCCCCCCCCCCCCCCCCAGCCAGUAUCUGGCCUCUCUUGCGGUUUCCCUCCCCCCCUCUCUCUAUCUCUCUCCUCCACUUUGCCUGCGAGCCCAUCUCCUCUCAUCUCUGUCUCUUUCUAUCUCUCAACUUCCUUUUUAAAAAAAAUCUCAUCUCUCAGCAGGAUGUUGGCCUGCCAAGCAUUUCUCUCUCUACUCUCUGUCCCCUCUCCCCACCUUUUUUGCUCUCUCUUUCUCUCCCCCUCAGUCUCUCUCUGAUGUUUUUGUGGCCUUGUGGAGUGGCAGACAUCUUGGGCUAUCCUUGUCGGGUGCAGCCAUUUCUGGGUGGGGAAAGUAAAGGCUGGUCCAUGAGAAAUGCUGGUGAUGAAUUUCAAACCGAACUGUCACUUCACUCCUGUCGAGUCUCGUCUGCUGUAGGACUGAAACGAGAGAGAAUGUGCCCGGCGUCGUUCGGUCCGGUGGAAGUUUCCGGAAGGGGUCGGCGCUCCCGUGACGCGGCGGGACGGGCGCGCAAGCUGCAGAACCUUUAAAGAGGCGCGCUCGCAGCGCGCGGGACGGGAGGCGCCCCCUUCCUGAGCAAGUGGGACACGCCACACUUCAGGAAUCAAGUUUGUUUUUUUUGUUUUCUUCUCACAUUUGUAUAAAGAAAUAAAGAAAACGAAAAAGAAAAAAAAAGUAAAUUACCCGAAAAGAGUUGGUGCUUGCCUUUGAGAAAAGACAGAAACUCAGGACUCCUGUUGUUGCCAGGGGGAGCUGAAGAAGUGUCCUGAAGCUCCUUUGAGAGUUAAUGUGAACGCCGUUAUGGCAUUUACAGUUCUUUUAAUCCAGUUGCACCAUUUUGUACCUACAGCACAACGAGCUGUACCCCGUUCACCGAGCAUUCACUUCACAUACCGAUUUAUUUCUCCGUUUCUCAUUGGAUUGGAUUUCAUAGCGAACAUUUUAAUUAUUAAUGCUCAUAGAUCUUAGUCUGUGCUGUUACCGGAGUUCACUUUAUACAUUCGGAUAUUUCUGCCAACGAGCAAGUGAGGUAUAACACGAUUAGUAAUCACAUUUUAUGUCUCAUGUCUGUCAGAUCUGUGCAUUGAGUGUGUGUGUGUGUGUGUGUGUAUACAGUGUGAUCCCAAAUGCUGCGAGUUAAAUUUUGAAGUAUGAAGACUUGGGUUUUAUUGAAAGAAUGAUGUCUUGUUAUAAGGACGAACCCAUGAGUUUGUUUGAAUGCUGUUUGUGUGUUUAUUCAGUGGUAUCUGUUUAUGUUUCUUGUGGGGGGAGGGGGGGUAAUUUACGAUGUGUUAAAAAUCAGUUCUCUGACUCGCGUUCUUUAUUUCACUAAGAAGACGCUCUACCAAAUGAUGGCAUAUUUAUUUCGUAUUUGACUGAAGAUGUUUUAUUUAAACAUCGUUGUAAAGCAGUAUGGUUUUUUGUUGUUUUGUGUCUGGUCUUUUUCUUUAAUUUCAGUGAUUCAAAAACUUGAGAAACUGAAGCAUUACAUACAUUUAUUAAUGUCUUUUUAAAAUGUAUUUUAUUUUUUAUUUAAAUUUUUGUUGCCUGGAGCUAUAAAGGGACCUGCUUUGACCCAAUACCCCCCUGCACUUUAGGUCUGGAACUCACAAGCCCCAAUUCCCCUGCCACCCCCCCCUCCAAAUUCUUCCCUUCUGUUUUGUGUCCACACACCAGACUUGAGAGCGGUGGUUUUUUUGGCUUACAAAAUGGACGUCUUCAUGGUAGAACACACUGAUUUUUGACUCUUGUUAACCCGCAGGGGUUAAACACAUUUUAUAAUGGUGGUUGGCUUUAUUUUACUCUAUCUCAUGUUUGACUUACAUGAUGUUUCUUUGCAGAUCAGAGAAUGCUGUACAGGCGAUAGAAAGAAAGGAAGGAAGAAAAAAAAACACAUUGGGGUGAAAAAAAUACAUUUUGUGUAAAUGUUUUUUCUGAUGUAUAAAGAUUGUGUAAAUAAAACGUUAACUAAAAUCA